AUGUGGCUGACACUGGAAUGCGCGCUGCCAGAACCGGCGCUUUUGAUUCGAGUCACAGAGGCAGAUGCUGGCAAGGCCGAGGUCCACGACAACAUCGGCGCUGGACGCCAGCCCCUCACACGAUGUCCCGAGGAAGCGGCAGAAGCGAUCGGAUCUGUUUACCAUCGUGAUUCUGUUCCCUGGGUCAUUUUCGCGUUGAAAGUGGUCAUCGGAGGGAUCUGGGCCACUGCUUUGCACGGGGUCACCAUUGACGGCAUGUUCCGGAUGAUGACCGUUGCUCGUGGUGUUGUGGGCUUCGACGCUGGCGGCGAGUACCUUGCAUCAUCAAGGUCUGCCUCUGAGCCCGCCAGCGAUCUGAUUCUCAAGCAUCGCGGGCCAGCUUUCAUCAUGGUAAGCAAAUUCCUGCUGUCUUUUGGGGGUCCGUUCGCAGUGUCCAUCUUCUUGACCGUGCUCAUGGCUUGCCCGCAGUCGCACUACAGCACCUACAUCACCGACCCCAGCAGCCAAGAGCGGACCCCAAACCCAAACCAAACGUGCGCCUCCGCACUCCACCACGUUGCUCUCUUCUCCCCUCCCGUUCCGUCCAACACUCCAACCCUCCUCCCCACCAUCCUAACCUUCAUUCAGUUCAAUUGA